CUGCUAAUGAGUCUCAGCCCCAGAGUCGUGGUGUCCGGCUUUUUGUGAGCUUCCCGUCGGCUCGGCUCUCUUUCGCUGGGUUCUGCAGUCUUUUCUCCGCCCUGACGUCCCGGGUUCUUAAUUAUAGCUCCCUCGCCCCGUGCCUCCCUCCUUCCUUUGAAAUUCAGCAUGCAGGAAAAAGACGCCUCCCCACUUGGUUUCCUGCCUCGCUUCCAACAUUUUGCCACGCAGGCCAUCCACGCGGGCCAGGAACCGGAGCAGUGGACCUCCCACGCCGUGGUGCCCCCCAUCUCACUGUCCACCACCUUCAAGCAAGGGGCGCCCGGUCAGCAUUCGGGUUUUGAAUAUAGCCGUUCUGGAAACCCCACUAGGAAUUGUUUGGAGAAAGCAGUGGCGGCUCUAGAUGGGGCCAAGUACAGCUUGGCCUUUGCUUCAGGUUUAGCAGCCACUCUGACUAUUACUCAUCUUUUAAAAGCAGGAGACCAAAUUAUUUGUAUGGAUGAUGUGUAUGGAGGUACAAACAGAUACUUCAGGCAGGUGGCAACUGAAUUUGGAUUAAAGAUUUCUUUUGUUGAUUGUUCCAAAACCAAAUUGCUAGAGGCAGCAAUUACACCAGAAACCAAGCUUGUUUGGAUCGAAACACCCACAAACCCUAUCUUGAAGAUGAUUGACAUUGAAGAUUGUGCACAAACUGUCCAUAAGCAUGGAGACAUUAUUUUGGUUGUGGAUAACACUUUUAUGUCAGCAUAUUUCCAGCGGCCUUUGGCUCUGGGAGCUGAUAUUUGUAUGUAUUCCGCAACAAAAUACAUGAAUGGCCACAGUGAUGUUGUGAUGGGCUUAGUGUCUGUUAAUUCGGAGAGUCUCCAUAACAGGCUUCGCUUCUUGCAAAAUUCUCUUGGAGCAGUUCCAUCUCCUAUUGACUGUUACCUCUGCAACCGGGGUCUGAAGACUCUGCAAAUCCGAAUGGAGAAACAUUUCAAAAAUGGAAUGGCAGUAGCUCAGUUCCUGGAAUCAAAUCCUCUGGUGGAGAAAGUUAUUUAUCCUGGGCUGCCCUCUCACCCGCAGCAUGAGCUGGCGAAGCGUCAGUGCACAGGUUGCCCAGGGAUGAUCACCUUUUAUAUUAAGGGCACUCUUCAGCACGCUGAGUCUUUCCUCAAGAACCUAAAGCUAUUUACUCUGGCUGAGAGCUUAGGAGGAUAUGAAAGUCUCGCUGAGCUUCCGGCAAUCAUGACCCAUGCAUCAGUGCCUAAGAACGACCGAGAAGUCCUUGGGAUCAGUGACACACUCAUUCGCCUGUCUGUGGGCUUGGAGGAAGAAAAAGACCUCCUGGACGAUUUAGACCAGGCUUUGAAGGCAGCACACCCUUCAAGUGGAAGUCACAACUAGCAUUCCAGAACAUCUAGUAGAAGCUACUCCCUGAAAAGGUCAAGUCUUCUGAAUAAUUGAAUGGACCAUUAAUGAGCCUUUGCAGAAUUUUCGAGUGAAAAUUUAAGGCACCUCAUUACCUUUCACAAUUGUAAUCUCCUAGGGAUCUUCCCUGUUAAAAACAGCUUUCUGUCUGUCUGAUCAUAAUUGACAGGUCACUUCUGUUAAUAUCUUUUUGUUAAUUUUGCUAUACAUUUGCCUCUGAAGGAGGUGAGAUUCGUGCUGCUUUUUGGUAUUGUACUUUUUUUUUGUUUUUUCCAUAGCCUAUGACUUAUUUUGAUCAUGUUUACAAUGUAAUGGUGAUUCAUUUUGAUGUUUUGUGGAGAAUUUAAAUUAUUAAAUGAAUGUUCUUAAAUCAAGUGUGAUUUUUGCAUAUUGUUGAAAAAAGCUUUCAAAGUGAUGGUUUACACGUAAUUACUAUGAACCAAAAGAUAAAUACUUGAAAAGUCUACUGUGAAAUUCUACUGAUUUAAGGCUGUACUUAUUUUUUUGAAAAUAAAUCCAAGAAUCAAAUACA